GAGCAAACUUGUGUGCAUCAUUCUCUGCUUGACCAAGUGGACAUUUUACAUUACAGGGCUUUUCUUUCCUGUCCUUAAUAUUCACUUUUGUAUUGACUUCUACUGUCUUCUGAACAAUGUUGUCUUGUAAAUGAUGUCCAAACUUACUUUUAAAGGCAGGUGCUUAAGAAAUGGACUGAUCCACUGAACACGUGACUAGACGUUGUUCUCCCACAAUUUUGGUGAAGCACUCUUGGUUUGUGGAGGAUUAUGAUGAUCGCAUGGAUGAUACUUGCCUCACUCUUCUGCAACAGCGCACAAGAUGGAAAUUCAAAAGAAGACGGUGCUUUUCCCUGUGAACCAGACGGCAUGACAGUUAGAACUUUAAACCAGAACAUCCUGUUAACAUGGGAAGACAAACCAUCUUGCAAUCCACUAAAUGAUGAGCUGACGUAUGAGCUGGAGGUGUUCAUUGCAGACAAGCAGAUACAUCGUGAAGAGGUGGCCGUUUCACCAGAUCAGAUUGGAUCUACUCAUUACUGGAACUGGACAUCCCAUUUGGCAUUGGAAUGCGCCACACACACACUACGGCUCAGUUCUCGAUAUAAAAACCAGAGCAGCCAAUGGAAACAUCACACUAUUCCAGGACAUAAGGCCUUGGAUUGGCCGGAGGUGUUUCCACGAGACAAAGUGUUUCAACUUGGCAGUCAAGCUACUUUUUGUUGUGUUCUUCCAACGGGUGAAUCUCUAGAGAAACUUUAUCUAAGUGGAAACAGCAGCGCUAAUCAGAAUAUUAGCCAGAUCGGCAGCCACGCAUACGCCCUGACCGUCGACCUGAACAGAGCAUCAUCGGCCAGUUGCACCGAUGUAAAAUGUGAAACAAAGACGUCUGAUAAUGGAGCGUGUGCUUACAUUGGAUACCCACCUGCUGACCGGGAUCUUUCCUGCGAAACUCAGGACUUACAAACGGUUGAAUGUCAGUGGACGGUAGGACGGAAUACACACCUGGCUAUUGCAAGUCCGACGACCUAUCAACUGCUUGGAAGUGUGUGUGCAGAAGGCUUCAAGGGGAGAUGCUCUCACACAAUGCAAGUGGAGGCUGGAGAGCAUCUUUGGACUGUGACAGCACAAAAUCAACUUGGCACAAUCACACUCACAUAUGAAGCUGACCUGACGAAAAGAGUCCACAUGUUUGCCCCAGAAGGAGUCAAAGUCUCAGAGGUUGGUGCCAGAAAUGUCAGUCUGGAGUGGGAGUGGUCAGUACAAACAUACAACCAUCUCAAUAUAACGUGUCAACUAAACAUCAGCCAUGGAGACGCACAAAAUAGCACGAGUGAAAGCGUUGGAGUCGGUCUUACUUCUGCAAUCUUGAAGGACUUGAUUCCCAAUUGGACAUACAGAUUGAAGAUACGAUGCAGUACUACUCAACAUUUCUGGAAGUGGAGCGAGUGGAGCCUCAGAGUCAAGUUUCGCACGCUGGGCGAUGUUCCAGAUGCUCUUGAUGUGUGGACGCAAGUAAAGGACAAGAAGUCUGUAAUUACUUGGAAAGUACCACUGGCACACCAAAGCCACGGAGACAUAAUAGAUUAUGUAAUAAGAUGGGCGCCCACCAAGACCCCUGACAGACAAGAGAAAUCCAGUGUGACGCACCCGAAGAACAGUUUUGCUCUCGGUCUGAACUCCAAGGAAGAGUAUGCAGUCAGUGUCACAGCCAGGAAUUCAAAUGGAAGCUCUUCUCCUUCAUCCGUAACAAUCCCCAUCCUCAAUCCAGGCGGCGGUGUAAUUAAAUCUUCCAGGAUACUCGGCAGUAAUGGCGGGUUCAACCUAUCCUGGUCUCCCAGUCCCUCAGCCAGCUGCGGUUUUAUUGUUGACUGGCGUCCGUUUGUAGGGACAUCUGGGGUGGACUGGCUCAGAAUCCCUCCCACUGAAACUAAUGUCAAUAUACAUUCAAAAAGCUUGGGAGAAGGCGUGAGAUACUUGCUGUCAGUACAUGCCUGCACACAAGGAGCUCCAGUGCUUCUGGAGAGAAGAGAAGGAUACAUCAAAGAGAAAAUCAUACCAGAUGGUCUUUUCAAGCCAUUUACAUGGACACAAAGGAAUUUGGAUGUGGAGGUAACCUGGAACCGUGUAUCUCUACAAAAGCAGCCUGCUUUCAUACAAGGCUAUGUUCUAUAUUGGGUCGACAACAACAACAUUGUCAUGAAUAUCAGUACAGACAAUCCUCAGGCCACCAGCCUGACGGCAAGAAACCUUCAAAUAAGUUCAUACUCAUUCACGCUGAAGGCAAAAACUGCUGUAGGAGAAUGCGGGGCGACACAUGUCACCGCCAUCUUGAAUUCACCGACUGAUAACCUGAUCAGCGCAAUCUGUAUCACCCUAGUUACUCUUCUGGUUUUCUUACUUCUCUUUGUGGUCUUUUGCUGCAGACACUGGGAAUGUAUCAAACUGGAGCUCUACCCGCCAAUCCCGAAGCCAGUGUUAAAGGAAAAGUGGACAGCAUCACUGAAAAGUUGUCGUCCUGUUUUUAUGGAGAUGAGUCACCACGAGAUCGAACUGAUGACGAUUCCAAAGUUACACUGCAAAUCUGAGGUGUCUGCAGAGACUGAUUGUGUGGACCAAGGACAUGUUGGAACUACAAAUAGAGUAGAAGCACUUAGCAUCCCCAGCACAGCCAUGACCUGUCAGACAUCACCAUCAGCAUCAUCAUCUCUUGCGAUAACGACAUCUCUCAACUCUUCAUACAACCUGAUGCUGACCAAUGGGGUCCAGCAGCCCAUCUCUGGACCUGGCUCUCAGGAGACACACUCUUUAGUGACGAGAUCCAAUGGGUACCACCCUCAGCGAAAUACUGUACAUCCAGAAGAUGCUCCGGAGAGUCUUUUGCCUUGUGUCUUUACCUAUAUUUUGUUACCAAGGUCUGCUUCAACCGAAUAGUUGCUGCAUGCUCAUUUAGCGAAUAGUUAAUACACUGAAUAGCAUGUUUCCAGUUUACAGACAACUCACAGCACUUUCAAACUCUAUUCCAUGGGGAAAAUGUUCCUUAAAAUGUUACUGCCAUGAUCUCACAUGACAGUUGUUAUUACUACCUGUAUUUUGUAUUAUUUCCUGUCCAGCGCGCUUUUUUUUUCAUUCCACUUUCUGUUCGCCUCCAUUAACCACAACUCGUUGCUCGUCCGCAUCCCCCUUGCCAGUUGCAGCUGGCACCUGACUCAUGACUUGGGGCAUCAUUUAUGAAACUGUCCAUGGAUUUCAGCAUAAAACAUUAUGCAAGCACAAACCUCAGAAUGUAUGUGGGCACAAAAAAUUCACAUUCAUAAAUGCUGAGCACACUUGUACAUGCCCUUUUUUAUAAAUCACACCUGCAGUGAAUUUUGUGCAGAAGAGUUCCUCCCUGGUGGUACACCUUUCCUGGUUGUCGGCUCCCAGACCGUGGUCGAGGAGCGCAGGGGAGACGUUCCCUCCAGGGCGAAUGGUAAAGUUCAAGUUCAAGUAUCACUGAUAGUCACACACACACUUGGUGUGGUGAAAUUUCCCUCUGCAUUUGACCCAUCCCCAUGUUCACCGUCUGGGAGGUGAGGGGAGCAGUGAGCAGCAGCGGUGGCUGCGCUCAGGAAUCAUUUUGGUGAUUUAACCCCCAAUUCCAACCCUUGAUGCUGAGUGCCAAGCAGGGAGGUAAUGGAUCCCAUUUUUAUAGUCUUUGGUAUGACUCGGCCGGGGUUUGAAAUCACGACCUACCGAUAUCUGAGUAUUGUCGGGGGUAACAGCCUCCACUUUACCUGGCAGUGGGUCCCUACAGUUCCGCUCUUGGGUCGGAAUGACAAGGACGUCGAUUCGUUGCAACUCUGUCACUUUAUUUAUGUUUUUCCACAAAGCCAUCCACCAAGCUACUGGCGCUCCUGCACACAACUGCUACCGCUCCCUCACCUCACUCGCCCACUUACUCACGCACCGCUCACCUCACAUACUGCCAUUCUUAAAGGAGCACACACACACAUACGCUACUCUCACAACACCUGUCGUAAAAGUUUGGAAGUUAAAAGUACCUACAUUUAACCCUUGUUGACACCAUUUUUUUGGAGCGCAGUGACCUUUAUAAAUGAGGAUCCUGGACUGGUGGCCAUUACUUUGGUCCUUGCCUGUCAUGAUCGUACAUCACAGUUGUUACUGUAUUUUGUACUGUCUGAUGAUCUUUUUUUUGUUCCACUCCCUGUUUGUCUCUAUUUACCACCACUCCUCUGGUCUAAAUGCAGGCUGCCUCACCUGUGCCUGUUUGCCAAUUCGGAUGCUUCUUGGAUCAUUAGUUUUGAUUUGCUCGGCUUUCCUUUUCCAUUUUUCCUUGAUGCACUCCAUGCUACACAUCUUUAGUUUUGUUCUUCCUGCUCCGUCCCUAAUAAAAAAAGUCUCAUACUUACUCUCUGCAUUCUGGGCUCCUGACAAACACCAGACUGUGACAUGUACAUUCAAUUG